AAAAAUUGAAACUAUUACAUAGAAUUUCAGAUGGACUUAUAUUAGUACACGACAAUCAAAUUAUUUAUAGUGGUAAUAUUCUUAUUAGCCAGAAUAUUGAACCAACGAUCUCAUAUUUAGGAAUAAGCAAACCUGCAAAUGAAUCAUUAGAUAAUAGUUCAAUUUAUGGAAUUGUUCCAUAUGUUGCACCAGAGGUACUAAAAGGAGGAAAGUUUACAGCACUUUCGGAUAUCUAUAGUUUGGUAUGA